AUGAUCGAAGUCCAAGAGUUGUUGUCAGAGGUGCAUCCCCAGAAAUCAACCUCAUGGUCCUUUUACUCUUUUCACAAGGACAGUCAUGUCAUUCAAAACAGGGAUCACAGACCAAUCCGCCACAUCUCAGAAGUCAAGGAGGAAGACUCUGGGCCUUACCAUUGUAUGGUGGCCACUAAGGAUGACCUAAUCCAGAAACAAAAUCAAUAGCUGGAGAUCUAAGGAUUCUGGAUGCUUGUAUCCAACUCGGUGGUUACUCUGCAACACGAAGCCACUAACCCUGCUGUAAGAUACACAGUGGAGUUUCUCCGUGAGACCCAGAGGUUCUCCCUUCCAAUCUCGCACUCAUUCUACCUUGAUGGAGAAGUCCUAGGGGAGUUCCUGGCUUCUGCUGACAGAGUGGCCUCGCUCCUCAUCUCGGUGAAGUCAGAGUGGAGUGCUCAGAACUGUUCCUGUGAAGCUAAAAACAAGGUCUCCAGAGAGAGGAGUGAGCCAGAGAAGUUCCCCUUGGCUGUCAGAACUGAGGAGCUCACCACAGAAGAAUAA